UACACGGACUACCAAAACUGGAAUCACCGAGAUAAUAUUAACCAACAAAAAUAAAAUAAUAUUGAAUUGAACGAUUAUUAAACUGGAAAAUCUUUAAGAAUAUUUUGGUGACAAUAUUUUAAAUUAUUUAUUUAUUUUAACAAAACAGCAAAUUAACCUCAUAUAAUUAAAAAUGACUAAUAAAAAUGCCGAACAAAGUACAACAAACAGUAAUGAAAUAUUACCUAUACUUUAUUGGGUAUUAGGAUCUAUUUGGGCUCCAAUUACACUACCAUGGAUUAUUUAUCAAAUGUUAGGUACUUUACAUAUGAAAUAUAAACGCACAAAUUUAAAUAGUAAGGUUGUUCUAAUUACGGGAGCUAGUUCAGGUUUAGGCGAAGCAUUAGCCCAUGCAUUUUAUGCCGCUGGUUGUAGAGUAAUACUUGCUGCAAGACGUAAAAAUGAAUUGGAACGUGUGAAAAAAGAUCUUUUAGAAAGUCAUCAGACGGUUCCCACACAUGUUCCUAUUAUUUUACCAUUAGAUUUGACUGAUCUGCCUUCCCUACCGAAGAAUAUUGAAACUGUUUUGGGGAUUUGUAGUCAAAUAGAUAUUUUAAUAAACAACGGUGGAAUUACUAGUCGAGGAAAUGUUUUAAAUACUGAUUUAGGCGUUUAUGAGAAAUUAAUGUUGGUUAAUUAUUUUGGACAAGUUUGUUUGACAAAAGCUGUACUACCAUCAAUGGUUGAACGUAAAAGUGGACAUAUUGUACUCAUAAGUAGCGUACAAGGUUUAAUUGGAAUUCCAAAUCGUUCAGCUUACGCUGCCUCUAAACAUGCUAUUCAAGCAUUUUGUGAUAGUUUACGAGCAGAAGUAGCCGAACAUAAUGUUGAAGUUACAGUCGUAUCACCCGGAUACAUUAAAACUGAAUUAUCUUUAAAUGCCUUAACUGAAAGUGGUUCUAAAUAUGGAAGAAUGGACGAAAACACAGCUAAGGGCUAUUCAGCAGAAUAUGUAGCUGAACAAAUUGUGCGUGCAGUUGUGGAGAAAAAGAAUGAAGUUAUAAUUGCACCACCAACAGCCAGAAUUGCAGUAUAUCUUAGAAGGUUGUUACCUUCCGUGUAUUUUUGGAUAAUGAAUAAACGGGCAAAAAACGAAGUGUAAAAUAUGUACUUAAUUUCAAAUCUUGUUUUUUAUUUACUUGUUAAUAAAAGUUUUUGAUUUUCUAAA